AUUGUGCAGUUAUUAGAAGGCGUGCGGUAAGCGACUUCGGGGUGUUCACACAGAAACGGGACGCGGGAGAAGUGAAUGUCGCGGGAUUUGGAUCGCAUACGAGUGCGCAGGUGUUGAAGGCUCAACAUAUUAAAAUUCCUGGUGCAACACAUGUCUCCUGAGAAAGUAACUGUCACAAUUCGUUUGGUGCGGUCCUUUGAACAUCGCAAUUUCAAACCCGUGGUCUACCAUGACGUUAAUGUAAAUCAAACUGUAAAGGAAUUCCUUAAGUUUCUCCAGAACGAUUUAUCUUCAAAACCUGGUCUUCCACCACCUUUUAAGAAAUACACCUAUGAUACAUUAAAGACUAUUCACCAAGCACAUGGAGCAAAGACGAAUGAUCUCGUUGUAAGUUUGGAUAAUGAUGACCAACUUAUAUUAAAGGAGGCGAGCACAUUGAAAGAAGCAGGAGUGGCCCAUGAAACUGAAAUUGCUUGUUUUAAGAGAGAAGAUUAUGAAAAGUUCAAAAAGAACCCUGUAGUAAAAUGGUGAUUGAAAUAAAAUGUGCUAAAUCUCAAACAAUUUCAAUGAGCUCAAAUGUUUUAUUCUUCAGAAUAUUCUGAAAUUGUUUAUGAAUCAAAGGUGCUCAUCUAUAUAAAUAAACUUAGUUAUUUCCUGUUAAUGUUGACAGUAGAACUGUAUGCUUUAAUUUCGUUAGCCUAAUAGUCUCUUCCAUGAUGUUUUUGCCUUAAAAUAUUGAGCAAUAACUGUGUACUUUCCCUGCAAUAAAAGGUGAAAGAUUGGAAUAGC